AUGGCCACACCUACAGUUUUGAAGUCUGCAAAGAAAGAGCUUCGUACCCUCAUGAAGCAGAGGUUAUCUGAGAUAUCAAACACAUCCGUCUCUUCCCAAAGUGCCGCUGUAUUCAGGUGCAUCCAAGAUUUCAAGCCGUAUCAAGAGGCAAAACGGAUUGGGAUCUACCUUUCUAUGCCCACUGGCGAGAUCCAAACAGAUGCCAUUGUACGACACGCACUUGGAACUGGAAAGCAAGUUUUUGUGCCUUACCUUCACAGGGCUCAAAACCCACCACCUGAUACUCCCAAGUCAGUGAUGGAUAUGGUAGACCUACGAUCUGUGUCAGAUUAUGAAUCGUUGAAGAGGGACAGUUGGGGAAUACCGACUAUUGGAGCAGAGACAGUUGAACAAAGAGAACGCAUAUUAGCAAAAGGAGCUCAACCACUAGAUAUGAUUCUGAUGCCCGGCGUGGCUUUUGAAAUCGAUCCAACUAGUGGAUACGUCAGACGUCUUGGUCACGGAAAAGGUUUCUAUGACUACUUCUUGGAUAGAUAUAGGGACAAUCAAGGAUCACGGGUGGUGAGACCUUCAACCAGUCCAGGAACUGAUGUAUUGCUAUAUGGUCUGGCCCUCAAGGAGCAGAUUCUGAAGUCCGAGGCUAAAGCUUCAGUACCCGUUGGAGAACAUGAUAGUCUUUUGCAUGGUCUGCUGGUUGGAGACGGCACGAUCUUGGGGGAUCCUAGCACAAAAGAAUAG